GUGAUUCUUGAACACAGCCACUACUUGAUCACUUUCUCUCCAGCCCCGCCGCUGUUCCCAGCUGCCCCGCAUUCAGUUACGUCUAUCCGCAGUAGCAGCAACUUCAGCCCAGAGCUUCCUCGUCAACCCGCCGUAGUCACCACACCAGCCUCUACCGACACUGUAACCUUCUCCCCAAGCUGCGCAAGCUCCGGUAGAGCUUCUCUGUCCUAGCGCCCAGCUUUUUCGCGUGCCAUUGCUUCGUUGGGAAGCUUCUGCCAUUGAUGCUUGCAGCCAUGCCUCCCUCGCGCGCAGCACCGCUGACGAGCUCCUUCUCCGUCAGCGACGAGAACAAUGUCGUUGUCUGCCCGCUGCGCAACCAUGACAGCUCCGCCUGUCGCAAGCGCUGCACUGGCGAGAAGCGCUUUCGGUCCAUGCAAGAGCACAUCCGCCGUGCCCACCCGGAGCAUUAUAUCUCCAAGUUACCGGCAACUGAGGAGAGCUUCAUGUUGAUGGUGAACACACCACCACAAGAACGACCCCCACCUCCACCCGCAACGACCUCAGCAGCACCCCAGCAGACGUACGAUUAUGGCGGAAACGAACAUAACUCCUUCUUCGAGACCGACUUCGGUACCAAUAACAUUCGCACAUCGGAUGAGAUGCGACGGCCAUCGCUCCUACCCGCUGCAACCGCUGCAGCUGCCCUGGCCUCGUUACACAACCAUCGUGCCGAGUACGACUGGGACUCAGAUCCGGACGCAGCAUCCGACCCGGACUCGAAAAACUACAGACCUCGCGCACGAUUCGCUCCUACCACCAUAGAGCAACACGUUAAUGCCGAGGAACCUUACUAUACUUCCAAUUCUAUACAACAAGAGUUGCUUCCUUCCUCCCUCGCCCGCUCGCCCCCCGGGCGCUCCUCAACACUGCCACCAGGCGUUCACUCUCUCAAACCGAACAGACCUCGCAAGUCAUCUAUAGGUCAGAAUGCUCGUAGGGGAAAGCAUGAGCGGCAGAAGUCAAAGGACUACUCCCGUAGGCUGAGCUACGACAGGAAAGCUUACUCAGCUGAGCCGGCAACAGCUGCGGCCAUCAUGGGUAAACGAUGGGAAGACUUGAUUGACGCUGCAGCUUCGGCCACAGAAGAGGAUAGUCGAGAUCUUACACCGGUCCCACAAUCGCCAAAUCAAUCUCCUCACAUGAUGAACAACCGAACCUCUCUACCUCCCUUUAACUUUGCUUCACAACUUCAGUCAUACACCGCAUCACCAUUGAACAACGCCUUGACGCCUCCGCCGCCUGAUAUGUCGGAUCUCCAGCCUUUCCCUUCCGUGGAGUCGUCCAUUGAAUCAGCCAUGUCCGGUCAAACUUUCCAUAUGCCCUCCCAGGGUCUAUCUGAUUCUUCUCCUAGCUCUCUUUUCCCUGUGCAAAUAUACUGCGCUGCAUGUCGGAAACUUUCCAUAUUGCGCGACAGUUAUGCAUGUUCCGAAUGCAUCUGCGGCCUUUGUCAAGAGUGUGUCGAUGUACUUGUCAGUGAGCACAACCGCGGUCGGGUGCCGACGUGUCCGCGAUGCAGCACUAUUGGAGCCAAGUUUAAACCCUUCCAGCUCGAUAUAAGAUGAAGCAAGGUUAAACAUGGCGUUUUGGGCAUUACAUCAUAGUAAGGCGUUUGUUUUUGCGUACCCCAGACUUUCCCUUGGCCUUGUGCCUGUUUUCCGGCCCGUUUCCAAGUAUUGUUAGCUCCACGAGCCACAUGGGCGUU